AUGGCCAGUUCGGCAAACCCCUUCGCUGCGCUUCACCAGACGGACGGAGCAGCGAGUUCAACGGCACGCGGACGUGGCGGACCAUUUCGAGGAGCGACGUCCUUCCAGCCUAGAGGGGCGUCCGCUUUCCAGCCUAGAGGUGGCAACUCCAAUGCUCCGCGGGAUCCCAACUCCCGGGGUCGAGGCCGCGGGCGAGGAGCUCCUGCAGCAAGAGCUGGUCGAGGAAAUGCCAGAGGUGCCGGCGCCGCAAGUAAUACAUGGCGCGCUAAUAAACCAGAACAACAAACAGCGUCUACACAAUCGACAUCCUCGCCUUUCGGGCAGUUGAAGCAGACCCAACCUUCGGCCUCUCUUGCUACGGCGCCGAUCCCACAACAGCAACAGAAACCGACAUUUUCGGGCUUUGGACGCGGAUCGCCGUCACCGUUUGGGGCACCGUCAACUCGCGGCGAUACUUCUCUUAAUGCUAAGAGGGACCCCCGAAAGCAACCUGCUCCUCAGCCGACAAAUGGAGCCACUGGGGACCACGUCCCUGUAGAGGACACCUCUGCUACGGGUAACUACAAUGACCGAUAUGAGCAGCUCAAAAUCGACCGUGCCAGGCAACGGGAGCAGGCCAUUAAGGCCGGGCAAAUGGCCGAUCCAAAUCAGCCGAUAUCUCUGAAUAAAGCCAUUACCCCCGUUGGUACCUGUACAAGCAUGUGUCCUGAGUUUGAACGUGUCGAGCGCAUAGUUCAGAAGAUGGUUGAUAAGAGUGAAAAGUACCUCCAUCCUUCGACAAAUACGCUGCAGAAUAUGGAGGCGAAGAUGCUCAAGAGAUUCAGACGGUCCGCCGCAGGAUACGAUGAGCAACUUCCCUCUGACAUUCGAACACCUGGCACCCUUCUUCAAUCAAUGAACUACUUAACGCGGCAUGUUAUCGGCGGACCGGAAACCUUGGGGAUUAUCCACAAAUUCGUUUGGGACCGAACGCGAUCAAUACGAAAUGAUUUUUCAGUGCAACAAGUGACUCAAGGAGAGGACGUCAAAGUCGCUGUGACGUGUCUUGAGAGAAUUGCUAGAUUCCAUAUCAUGUCUCUUCAUUUGCUUUCGAGCCCCGCGAAUGAAGAGCCCUUUGACCGACACCAGGAACGCGAACAACUGAAUAAUACGAUGCUCUCGUUGAUGUAUUACUACGAUGACAACAGGGGUCGGAUCUCCUUUCCUAACGAGGACGAGUUCCGCGCCUACUAUAUCCUCUUUUCGAUCCAUGAUCAGCGACCCGACUUGGAAGCCCGUGUCCAGAAAUGGCCGCCCGAGUUAAGAAACGCGCCGCGCGUUCGAGUAGCGUUGGAACUCUUCGCUGCAGCCCAAAACACCUGGGAGUAUCAGGGUACUCUUGACGCAAAACGGCCUAAUGCGAUUGCACAGGGAUUUUAUUCCCGUUUCUUUAACUUAGUCAACUCCCCCGGCGUGUCAUAUCUCAUGGCCUGUGUGGCGGAGAUUUACUUUAACCACAUGCGCCAGACAGCCAUCCGUUCCAUCUGGAAGGCAUACUGCCGCUACCCGUCCUCUCAGCAGCAUAAGAACGAAGAGUGGACGGUUGACGAGCUGACGAAUAUUCUCUGCUUUGAUGACGACGACCAAACGAUACAAUUUUGUGAAGAGCAAGAUCUAGAGUUGGCCGAAAAUGCUAAUGGCGAGCUGUAUCUCAAUUGGGGAAGCCGCCCCGUUGACUCCGUCGCCUUCCAACCGUCCUCUGAUCACUCCUUCUCCGAGGAAUACGUCGAGUCAAAACGUGCAGGCAGAAAUUUGGUCUCAAUUGUCCUUGGACUGAACGUCAAAGAAGCUGCGACUUUAGGAAUGAUAGACAGGUCUCUCCUCUCCGAGCGCGAUUCUAGUCUUGCUCCCAUUGGGCAGAUGGCCCUCGAUAACGAUGACUCUCUUUUCGUGAGCGAAGACGACAACGAAGUUUCUCCUACUGGCAUCUUCCAGCCCAGUGAGGGCCCUGCUGGUGCGACACGUGAGCAGCCGCCUACUUCUGGCUCUGCAUCGGCUUUUGGGAGCAUCUCGGAACCCACUGCUGCGAGCGCGCAAAAACCUACCUCGGGGCUUUUCUUUCCCAAGCCCAAUGAAUCUCAACUUCCUGCCGCGCCCAAUCCAUUUGGGUCCCUUUUUGGCGUUAAAAACUCGGAAGAAACCGCCCCCUCCCCGUCUCUCAAUCCUUUCGCGAAGCCUUUCUCCCCAUUCUCUUCAUCUCAAGGCACUGAAUCUAGCCAGCCGACUGUUACUCCUCCGAAACCCGCAAGCCCUGCCCAGCCCUCAAGUCUCUUUUCGAAUACAGGAACAUUUGCGCAAACAAGUCAGAGCGAAAAGCCACCUGCUACGUCGGCUGCCUCACCUUUCUCAUUUCCGAGCGCGGCUCAGCCCCCGGCAUCUCAAACAUCUUUAUCUAAUCCCUUCCAAAAUGUCCAAAAACCUACAACCUCUAAUACUCCAUCAUUCGGCGCGCCGUCUCUAUUUGAUGUCAACCCCGAUCAACCUAAUGGUUCGACUGCUGGACAGUCUUCUACAAGUAUUUUUGAUACUGCCAAACCGACCCCGCCUCCCGAGGCUUCUACGCCAUUGUUCAGUUUCAGUAAGCCGAUGCAGCCGGCCACCCAGGAACCUCAGACAAGUACGCCGCAAAUCUCGCCACCGCAACCCCCGGCGCAACCAGCUCAACCGACUACCCCUUUUUCAUUGUCAUCUGACUCUGAGGAAGAGAAGCAAGACACCGGCGCAAUAUUCUCAACUACCAAAACGCCCCCGUUUGGUGUUUUCAAGCCUCCUGCUGCGAAAACGAGCACGGAUCAGCCGGCUAUUUUCACAAACGGACAAACUUCAAGCUCGACGCCAUUCCCCCAACCGGCUUCCUCAUUAUCUAGCAAUGAAAUUCCAGCGCCUCCGAUGUUUUCUAAACCAUCGGUUCCAGAUAAAGCAGAAGCGACAGCGCCUUCCAAACCAUUCAUCGAUGGCCAGCACGAUAGUACCGAAAUAGAAACACCAGAUGUGGAGAUUAUCAACGAAGAGCCAGCGCUCAAUGACGACGAAGCAGAAGAAACUAGCAGGCCGGAUGAUUGGAUCAAUCACUUGAUGGAAACCGCUGAUAAACGUCGGAAUACUGUCUCGACACCAGCGAGUCGAAAACGAGUUCUUGAGCAAGAAACCCCACCCACGGACAAUGCCUUCAAGGCGCCCAAGGUACCGAAAUCCGAACAGCCACCUCGGAAAUCCAUGGCCCUCGCUUCCAUGAAGCCCCUGCCGAAGCUUCCUAUCCUUGAACAAAUUGAGUCAAUGACUGCCCGAAAACCUGCGGAACAAAAGGAAGAACCCCGAAAGCCGAAUCGAGUUGACGAAGAUGACCUUCUUCUUUCAGCUGCACGUAUAGCCGCAGAGUCUCUAAGGAGCGGGCCGCGGAUUUUGAGUGGCGGUUCAGCACCAUAUGAAUCCUGGCGCUCCUCCUACAGCCCCCACAGCAGUAUCGGAUCUUCUGCCGCAUUUUCCCGCAGCGUAUCGCCCCAACAGUCCGUUAUGAGUGGUUACGACGUUUCUCUUGCCCCAGAUACCGAUCUUGGACUUGGACGCAGCAUGUCCCGAACAGAACAAAGAAUUAGAAUGACGGGGGGCAAAGGCCUGGCUUACAAGCCUCUUAACUUUACACCGAAGAAACCAUCUUGGCACUCGCCGCCACGGAAGUGA